CCCUUUACAGAAGAACGCAUGAGCAAACCUCGAUGGAGUGCAACGAGCGGAGGGAUGCGCAGGCGUAGUGAGAGGUUACCUGUGCGUUUAUGCAAAUGAGCUCUCAAAGGAGAAGGGGCGUGCCAUAAUGUGUGUUCUCCCAGGACUCUCGGCGGCUGCGCAGACAGGUUUUCGAUUCCAGUGAUGUGACAACAGAUACCAUCAUGUCGGCAUUAUGUCCUCCUCCUUCCCCUGCGGUGGCCAAGACAGAGAUUGCAUUGAGCGGAGAGUCACCGCUGCUGGCUGCUACUUUUGCAUAUUGGGAUAAUAUUCUUGGCCCCAGAGUCAGACACAUCUGGGCCCCCAAGGCCGAACAGCAGCUUCUCAGUGACGGAGAAAUAAUAUUUCUUGCAAACCAUACUCUGAAUGGAGAAAUACUUCGUAAUGCAGAGAGUGGCGCAAUAGAUGUGAAGUUUUUUGUUCUGGCUGAGAAAGGAGUCAUCAUUGUGUCUUUAAUUUUCGAUGGGAACUGGAAUGGGGACAGAAGCACUUACGGACUUUCAAUAAUACUUCCACAAAGUGAGCUUAGUUUCUACCUUCCCCUUCACAGAGUAUGUGUAGACAGAUUGACGCAUAUUAUAAGAAAAGGAAGAAUUUGGAUGCAUAAGGAACGACAAGAACAUUUCCAGAAGGCUGUUAUGGAAGGUACAGAGAGAAUGGAAGAUCAGGGCCAGAGCAUCAUCCCAAUGCUGACAGGGGAAGUUAUUCCAGUAAUGGAACUCCUUUCAUCUAUGAAAUCACACAGCGUUCCAGAAGAAAUAGAUAUAUGUGAUACAGUACUAAGUGAUGAUGACAUUGGAGAUAGCUGUCAUGAAGGCUUCCUCCUUAAAGCUAUCAGUUCGCACCUGCAGACAUGUGGUUGCUCAGUCGUUGUUGGUAGCAGUGCAGAAAAAGUUAAUAAGAUAGUGCGGACACUGUGCCUCUUUCUCACUUCAGCCGAGAGGAAGUGUUCUAGGCUCUGCCGAAAUGAAACCUCUUUCAAGUAUGAGUCGGGUCUUUUUGUGCAAGGAUUGCUCAAGGAUGUGACCGGAAGCUUUGUGUUGCCUUUCCGCCAAGUAAUGUAUGCUCCAUAUCCUACAACGCACAUAGAUGUAGAUGUCAACACGGUGAAACAGAUGCCUCCAUGCCAUGAACAUAUCUAUAAUCAGCGGCGGUACAUGAGAUCCGAGCUUACGGCAUUUUGGAGAGCCACUUCAGAUGAGGACGUGGUUCAGGAUACUGUUAUUCAUACAGAUGAAAGCUUCACUCCUGACUUGAAUGUUUUUCAAGAUGUUCUCCAUCAAGACACUCUAGUAAAAGCCUUCCUUGAUCAGGUCUUUCAUUUGAAACCUGGAUUAUCUCUGAGAAGUGUGUUCCUUGCACAGUUCCUCUUAGUCCUUCAUAGAAAAGCCUUAACUCUCAUUAAAUACAUAGAAGAUGAUACGCAGAAAGGUAAAAAGCCCUUCAAAUCUCUUCGUAGCUUGAAGAUAGACCUGGACUUAACAGCAGAGGGCGAUCUUAACAUAGUAAUGGCUUUGGCAGAGAAGAUCAAGCCUGGUUUACAUUCGUUUCUCUUUGGCCGACCUUUCUACACUAGCGUGCAGGAACACGACGUCCUGAUGGCAUUUUAAUAAUGUUUUCGAUUGUAGGUUUCUAGAGGCUCUACAGGACUUUUCAAAAACAUCUGUCAAGGGAAUGUGGUCUUUCUCUUUGUAAGACUGUGCAAUUUCUCAGUGCAACUGAAUGUCAAGUCACACUACAGUCGGUAGGGGGGGAAAAAGGACAGAUCGUGCUUUGGAGACAAGUCAUGUCAACUUAGGCACGCACCCGAGGUUCCCUUUUGUUUAUAUACCGAGUAAAUACUAUUGUGGCUGGAAUAAGUGCUUACUUUACGAGACCUUCAAACCCACAAUUUAAAGAGGACAGGGCUUAAUGGUUGUCAAGAGUAACACUGCAUUUACCACUUUUUAUUUCUGUAUGUGUGGCAUAGAACAAAUUAUUCAAUGCCCCUUUCAUUUCUGGGGGGAUUAUUGACUGACAUGCUUGAAGAGAGUGGCUUCCAGCAUGCAUGUUAGUAUGAACAAUGUCAUGCAUCUUUUCUUCUUCACAGAUCCUUCAAAAGCAACUGGAAACAUUGCAAUGCUAUCUAACCAUUUAAAGAGAGCCAUGAAACCAAAUCGGAAUGUUGUAUGUUACUUUUUAUUUUCAUCAUCACUGUUCUUUGUGCCCAAGUGCCAAGUCAGGCUACUGGAUCAUUUAUGCAUGUUGCACUGGUUAAUAACUAACGUUGUUGCAAAUCUUUAUAGCACAGGAAAACCAGGUUUCAUAUUGAACACAGCCGUUGCUAAGCUUCAGCUGUGGAGCUGCUAAAUAAAGCCAAAUACAUUUAGAUCCCACAUGUUUGUGAAACUGCCAAAUGCGGCUGGUGGCACAAUUCGAAGGAAGGAUAGAAGUACAAGAUUUCUGCUUCUUUUACACAUUA